AUGGCAAUGGCAGAUGACUCAUCAAGCAGAGCUGGAUUUAUAUCUCACUCAGUAGAUAAAAACGACCUUAGACCUGGUGAUCAUAUCUAUUGUCACAGAAUAGGCUACACUCAUCACGGUAUCUACAUUGAUGAGCCUGGUUGUGAAGUGAUUCAUUUUAGUGGUGAUGACAAAGGAUCACUUGAAAAGAAGUGGAACCAACAAAGUGGUGAAUUGUCAAAACGAGUGGCAAGAUUGUCAUCUGAGAAGGACCAAUUGCCGGAAGAUUCAGCAAGGGCUAAAGAAAUCAAACAAGAAUUAGAUGAAAUUUAUGAAGAUGAUCGAAUAGUUUGUAUAAAGUCAACUACUCUGGCUAAUUUUCUCAAUGGUGCUACACUUCGCUUAGUGUCAUAUGAUUGCAGUUUUAUUAAAAAAAUUUUUGUCAUUGUUCGUUCUUCCUGUCACACAAAGAAGGCAAUGCCUCCUUCAGAAACAAUAAAGUUGGCCAAACAUUUUCUCUAUCAUCCACAAGAAUGGGGAAACUAUGAACUUACAAGUAACAACUGUGAAAAUUUUGCUUGCUUCUGCAAAACUGGUGAUAUGAAUAUAGCAACUCAACUUCAAUAUCACAGCAAUGCAUUUUCUGAAACAGUAAGUGAAUUUUUAUUUCAAUCUUGCCAAACCGCUGAAGAUGCACUGCGUAACUAUCGUCAAAUAAAAGCAAACAAAAACUAA